AUGGACAACGAACAACGGCAAGCCUAUAUGAUUGAUGGGUAUCCUGUAACUGUUCAACGAUGGAUGCGGACUGGAAUCCUGUUUGAAAGAACAAAUCGUUUAAUGGUUUUUGUCAAAGCAAGUAGUUCAAGUUGUGUAUUAGAUGAAAAAGAACUACAUAACUAUUUCGAAACAAAUUAUGGUCCAGUAAAAACUUUCGGCUGGCAAUUGGAGAACGUGGCAACAAUCGAAUUUGAUGACUAUGAUUCAGUAGAUCGAGCUAUCAUCACUUCUUUGACACAUACAAUCAAUGGAAUUACAGUCAGAUUAGAAAAAAUGCGAUCUUUCAAUGUACGGCAAGCAUAUGAGAAUACUGUUGCACCAAAUGAUAUCAAGUUUUGUGUUCAUGUCAUGAAUGUUCCCCCUCAUGUCAGUGGUGAACAUCUAGCGUUUCUUUUUGGCAGUCGCGUAUGGGAUGUACUAAUUCGAAAGAGCAUCAACGCAGACACAGAUCCAUUUGAUGCAUGGAUUUUAAAGUUAAAUACAUUGGCCGAUGCUCAACAACUUGCUGCAUCAGUCAAAACUAUUCAUGGAAUUGAUGUUCAAUGCAAUGCUGAAGAAGAACCAUUGAACGAAUGGACAUUGUGUUCCGGCAACCGUGAUGGUUGGUGCAAGCAUGGUAGUGGUUGCAUUUAUCGUCAUAUCACAUGCAAGUACGGUGAUGAAUGUAUGUACGACCAAUGUCCAUUUAGCCAUUCGACGAAGAGAAAUAUUGCACCAAAUCCAAGAUAUAGAUCAGCAGGACCUAUAAACCAACAGUACCGUAUCAGAAUCGAUGGUCUUCCUUCCAAUAUGACAGUAACUGAACUUUUGACAGAAUUAAAAAAGCAACCACUCAGUUUAACUAAUUCUAUCGAAGCUCCUGAAAUGCCGAAAGGUGCCACCACUCGACAUUUCUAUCUUGUUCGACAAGCAGCUGAGAAACUUGCGCGAAAACGAGUUUACGAAUGGCAUGAUUAUCCAAUAAGGUCAAAUUAUACUGUUAAAUGUCAAUUGGAAUAUGAUCGUGCACCAAUCGAACAAAUUCCAUCAAAUCCAUCUCCAGAUACAAAUAGUUAUCAACAACUUUCAGCUAUAUUUGCACCGUUAGCACCUGGUACAAAUGAAAUUAAUGGCAUGCCCUACACAUGGAUAUGGACGAAUCGACGACUGGAUAAUAACAUGAGCGAAGUUUAUUUGGUUUAUCCAACCAAGUCAACCGAUGAUCGCCUUGGCGCUAUGAAAGUGUAUCGUAAUAUGAGUAAGCUAGAAGAAAUACGAGCUCGACGAGAACUACUAGUACUACAAGCACUCGAAAGCGAUCCGUCUGUGGUGUCCGUCUAUCAAAGUAACAUUCUUGAUGUCGAACGAAAUGCUGAUGUACCGAUGUGGAUAAUCACUCAGGUAGUUUCCGACUUAACUUUCAAAGAUUUUAUCAAUAAACACAAAUCGGAGAUCACGCUUCGUAUUGCAUUAUCUCUGACUCGUCAAUUGCUCGAUAUUAUUAAACGAUGUCAUGAGAAUCACGUUCUUCAUCGAAAUCUGCAACCGAAUAAUAUCAUGGUGCAACAUAAUCAUAUUCAUGUACCAAUUGAUGAGAUUAAACUUAUACUCAUUGAUUUUGGCUUGAGUUGGACUGAUAGUGAAGAAGUGCGAAUAAGUGAAGAAGACGAUUCGAAAAUAUUCGAUCAUGUUCUCAAACGAGGUUCGAUCGAUGAUAUACACCAAACAUCAGAUAACACACUCUCUAAUUUUGUACAGUUGUUGUUAUCGAAAAAUCAACUGAACAGUCCCACAAUAGACUCAACUGGUAUAUGUAGUAUUUUAUUUUGGUUGCUCACCGAUAAAUGGGUGGAUCAAAUGUACGAUACAAAUUUUUCUCACCAUCAAAGUGACUUUCAACAAAUUAUUGACAAAAAAAUAGGAGAUAUUCAAGAUAAAGCGAAAGUGUACGAACAAAUAAUUCAUACGUUUGAACGUGCAUUUGGUUCAAUUGAGAGAAGAAAUAAGCAUAUGAACGAAGAACAUUUGCAAUCGUCUCAAAAAAUUCCUCUUCGACUGACAGGAAUAGAAGUAGAUAUUGGCAGAUCUGACAGACAUCGUCACCAUCAGAGUCCACGACUCGACAAUGUAGCACCUGGUUCUGAGUUGUUGACAAGAAAUAUUCAUGUUCAAAGUACUGGAGCUGCUAUUAGCGGUGAAUAUUACCAGCCACAGCAGCCAAGCAAUGUAACGUAUUUAGACCAAGGACAAAUAGUACCACCUCAAAUGAUGACGAGACCAGCGUUCGAGCUGCAAGUUCAUGUUCAACCUAGAUCGUCACAUUCAAGCCUAAAAGCACGAGCCAUGAUGGCAUCGGACGAUAUCCUUGCUGCUGGUAUUGCCAGCAAACGGAACUUUACUGGUAAUCCUGCAAUUGAUGCGAAACAGCCUAUCUAUGGAGUAAUCAAUUUUGAACAAAUGUCACACGGUGUUCACAUUACAGGUCGCAUUGAUGGUUUAGGACAAGGGACUACACACGGGUUUCAUAUUCACGAGUUCGGUGAUGUUAGUUCGGGUUGCACAACUACUGGCGAACAUUUUAAUCCGUUCAAUCGUAAUCAUGGUGGUCUAAAUGACACUGAGAGACAUCUAGGUGAUUUGGGAAAUGUAACAGCAGAUGCUAAUGGUGUAGUUCAUCUCAACAUACUCGUUCCAAUGAUGUCUCUUUACGGUGAACAUUCAAUUGUUGGACGCGCUAUUGUUAUGCAUGCGAUGUCUGACGAUCUAGGUCGUGGAGGGAAUAAGGAAUCGUUGAAGACGGGAAAUUCAGGCGCGAGACUCGCUUGUGGUAUCAUCGGAUUUACAAAACCUUAA